UUUUCACUUUGGUAUUUCUUGUUUAUGCUGAAGACGAUAGAACACAACUUAAAUUACAAAAAGAGGAACAUUUCUUGAAAGCUUUGAUUGAGGAUUUUUUCGAUGAAGGGUGUAACUGCACGAUCAGUUCUUGCUUAUGUUGCAAUACUGUAGGGGUAUGUGGUGAUGUUCAUUACAUUGCUCAGUCACGCGAGUUUUCCAUUGCACUCAUGGCAGACAAAGUGGUCAAGUUAAAGAUGGAAUUAUCAGCUGAUAAUCCAGUGGCAUGCAAAAACGUUUCCAGCCAAGGACGCAAGGGUGUAAUUUGUAUGGAAAUCGUUAAUCUCAAGAUUGAGUCAUCCGAAAUCAGUGGCUGUUUGAAUGUCCUCAUCUCUGAGAUGGAAGGGUUCAAGCUAAAGCUUGGAUGUUUUAAGAUGCCAUAUUCAGGCGGGAAGAAAUUUCGGUUCCGAAAAAUAUUCAGAAAGCAAACUGACCAAUAUAUUUUCUAUAAAAUAGUAAGAAAACUUGGUUAUGAGAUCUAAGGAGGAAAUGUGUACGAAUGUGUAUUCUGAAUUCUUAAGCGUUUCUACCAA